GGAAGGGUUGUAAUGAUGUCCGAGCCAAAUAAUCCUUUUUCUGAUGUGUUGGGAGUGUCGGAGGCGAAAUCUGCAAGCAAUGGAGAAUUUAACGUAAGCUCAGAGUUAGGAAUGAGUUCUAAAAAGUCUCAGGAUGAGCUACAAACACAAAUGAUGAACAAUGUUAUUGAAAAUAUUUUCCACUUUACAAUUAACGCCAAGGCUCUUGAAGGCGUCCCUGCUUCGGAGAAGCAACUUGUAUAUUUGGAGGAGCUUGCUGAUGUUAUGAAGCCUCGAGUCCAUAUUGACUUGGAAGCACUUGAACAGGCUUUAUUUGAACGGUUGCUAUUACCUGAAAUAGAAGCAAGUGUUAUACCUAAAAACACACGGGUGUUCAAAGAGUAUGUUAUCCAAAAGCAAGUGUUUCCAUAUUUGUUUAGUUCUAUACAGAAUCUGUCAAGUUAUGAACAUUUAGCAGACUUGAAGCCUGCUGUACGGAAAAUGAAGGAGUUGAUAUUCAGGAAUGCAGUCACUGCAUUGAAACAGCCCGCAUUGUUUGAAGGCCAAGACUUUUCUCAACAGAUUCAUGAAUUGCUCCGGCAUGUUGACCCUCAGAGCAACACAUUUUUCAUUGAUGUUGUAAAAGCAUUUGUGGCAGAUGGCGAAGAAGGAGUCCAGGACCAGUUACAAGAGGCCAUGAUUCCUGUAUUAAGGAGAAUUCACAUGGAUGUCAAUAAAUCUACAUUAAUCAAUCUCCCAAUUUAUGUGCUACCAUCAAUACAACUCUUUGCCAAUAAUCCAAAUUUAUCAUUGAUCUUGAUGGGAAUGUGUGAACCAAAGAUAGAAAAUAACGGCAGGCUUUACCAGGAUUCAGUUAUAGGAGCAUUACUAAGUCUCUCCGUAUUACCCAGGACUGCUACCUCACUGCAUGAGUUCUUUGACAAUCCUAUGGAUCAGGCAGCAACAUCCAUGAUAGAAACGUCAGUAUGGAAUGCAUCAUCACACCUCACAAACAAUUUGCACAAAAUUUUCCUAUCGCUAUUGAAGGGAAGCACUACAAUGAGGAACAGACUGUUAACAUGGAUUGGAAAGUGUUUGAAGACUAAUGUUGCUAGAGGGAAGCUGUGGAAUGUUCAGGCUGGUGAAAUCAGUGCAGCAACACUAUCAUGUGUGUCUGAUGGAUUCAUGCUGAACCUAGGAGCUGUGUUAUUACAUCUCUGCCAGCCAUUUUGUACAACACCAAAUGACCCCAAAUCUCUUAAAAUUGAUCCCACCUAUGGAGCCGUAUUACCAGAAGAAUGUGCAGCAAAAUCUGUCCACUUGGACUGUCUACACAAUGAAACAUGUCUGCUGCCGUUAUGCGAAGACGAAAACGGCCAAACCAUGAAACGUCCCACCGCAGAUACUUAUAAUUUUGUUACAGAGUGUUUCUUUAUGACUCAAAAGUGCAUUGAUCUUGGAGUUCGUGUUUGUGCUGAGAAACUAUGGCGAUGCGGCCAGGAUCUCGGUCGGGCGCAACGUGCUCUUAGCGAUAUGGCUGCAGCAGCAACACAUCAGCUAGUGGAACCUAUGAGACAGCGAACUCAACAUCUUAUGACUAAAUUCGUGAGCCUUCGCUGUGCCCUCCUGGAGAAUGAGAUGCUGACUAACCUGAAUCGCUUGCAAGCAAUGACUUGCACGUGGCUGGUACAAAACGCUGUACGUCCCGAUCCGGAAACUCCGCAGGCAUGUUAUGCGCCUAUGGUCAUGGUACCCGUUGAGAUGCCUAUUACUACCCCACCUCCACACACAUUAAGAUGUAUCCCAGAGUUCGUCCUCGAGAACAUAGUGGUGCUUAUAACGAUGGCGCGGCGCACAGUGGGUGCGAUCACCGAGGAAGCCGACAUCGCCGGCCUCUUGCCACCCGCGCUCACGCUUGUGAUCACAUUCAUGGGCGAUUCUGGCAGGACGUACAACCCACAUUUGAGGGCCCGUCUAGCAGAAUGCUUGGAAGCAAUGCUGCCAAACCAUCCCGACGAUCAAAUGCCGUUGAGCAGUCUCGCCUCUUUCUAUAGAGAGCAACUGUUCAAAGAACAUCCCCAUCGGUUACAUCUAGUGCCUUGUCUGCUGGACGUGUUCGUGGGUAUAGAGAUGACGGGACAGAGCGUGCAGUUCGAGCAGAAAUUCAACUACCGCCGGCCCAUGUACCUCGUUAUGGACUUCCUUUGGGGCAUGGAGGAACAUCGCAACGCUUUCACGCGUCUAGCGAAAGAAGCUGAAUCGAAUAUGGAAGCGGUGCACCCUCCCAUAUUUCUGCGGUUUGUAAAUUUGUUAAUGAACGACGCCAUCUUCUUGCUGGACGAGGCGCUGGGCAACAUGGCUCAGAUACGCACCAUGCAGACUGCGCAGGAAUCGGGUGCCUGGGCAAGUCUUCCAACUCAAGAGCGCGAGCAGAACCUAGCAAACUUAUCACACAUCGGCAUGUUGGCUCGGUUCGACAAUAUUUUAGGCAGAGACACUAUCCGUACUUUAGUACGACUGACUGCACAUGCCCCUUAUGUCUUUUGCCAUCCUACACUGGUGGACCGCAUCGCGUCCAUGCUCAAUUAUUUCUUACUGCAUCUCGUUGGACCUAAUAAGAAGAAUUUUAAGGUAAAAGACAUGAAAGAUUUUGAAUUCGACCCAGCGAGCACGGUUCUGGACAUCUGCCGCAUGUACGUCGAAUUGGGUGAUAACGAGCGGUUCUGUGCCGCCGUCUCCGACGACGGACGCUCCUACUCGCCGCAGCUUUUCACUCUCGCCGAAGCUGUACUGGUCCGCAUUGGCGGUGGCGGUCUCAUCGGGUCUCUCCAAGAAGUGGCAUCCCGCGUAGCGCGCAUCGCAGCUCAGCGACAGGCAGACGAAGUGAUCCUGGCAAACGCUCCCGAGGAGUUCCUCGACCCUAUAAUGAGCACUCUAAUGAUGGACCCCGUCAUCUUACCUAGUUCCAGGACUACUGUCGAUCGCCAUACUAUUGCUAGGCAUCUCCUAAGUGACCAGUCAGAUCCGUUCAACCGCUCGCCCCUCUCCAUGGAUCAAGUGAAAUCGAACACGGAACUUAAGGAGCGUAUCCACGCGUGGAUUGCCGAACAACGCCAGAAAAUUGCUCAAACCACUGCCGAGUAGAGUCGCUGUCUCUGUUUGUAAAAAGUCCUAACAUUUUUAUAUGGCAAUAGCCCCAGGAGGGCUAGUACGAUAGGGCACAACUAGCGCGAGAGUGACAUAAAGCGCAAGAUACUGCUAUUCUCGCAUAAAAUUCUCGCGCUUUAUGUCGCCAUCGUCUACCAAUACUUUGCCACUUUGCAUAAUCAAAUCUGUAAUAAUCAUUAAGAAUUUAAACCAAAAAAUGUUUUGUGUGAAUAAUCCUGUAGUGCAGCGUUUCCAAGAUACUGCAUAAAUAUUGCGUCCGUAUCAGGUAAAUCACAGGUUUGACUAUUGGCAUUUUGUCAAGUGAAGUGAAGUGGAUAUUUUUUUCAUUGUGGAUGGUAGUUAUUCCCUUUGUACAUCCCUACUAUAAAAUAUGGUGUCCGAUAUUUGCUUAAAAGGCAAAUCGUUAUCGCUACAGGACUUUUCUUAAAAUCAAUAGGUAACGGAUCUAUUUUAAAAUAUACAGCUCAAAACUUCUGUUACGUAGAUGUUAUAUGUGUAUAAUGCGAUACUUGGUAUUUCGUUCUUAUCUUUGCUUUAAAUCGCGGUGCGAUGCAAUUAAUUUUCCGUCUACUGUUCAUCUUGAAU